CUCCUCCUCCUCCUCCUCCUCCUCCUCCUCCUCCAGCAGCAGCAGCAGCGCGGUCCUCAUCCCGCUGUUGAUUAUCACAUCGUCUUGUGUUUAUUCCAAUGCGAUGGAUUUGUGCAUAACAGGUGUCGUUAGAGCCCGAGGAGCAUGAAGCGUUAUUAUGAGUUUUAAUCUCCUCGCGACGGAAACACAGCGACUGGGAUCGUCUCUCUCUUUUUUUACUGUUAUUGUGUCAUUCUGUUGUUUUUGAGAAGAUCUGGAGAGAAGAAGGAUGCUAUGAAAAGGUGGCGUGCCUGUGGACAAAGAGGAAAGAUGAGUCUGUCGGGUAGAACGGAUCCUCGCAGCCUCUCCCUGUAGAGACGAGAGGGAGACGACGGCUGUAGGGGGAUCGCUGGUGUUUGUGAAGGGCCGAACGAGGCAGGCUCCUGUGGAAGGUGAGAGAAUGGCUAACCAGAGCAUUGUCAUCGACGGCCCGGGCAGUUUGCUGGCUGUGCUGGCGUCACAGAGCGGACUGGCAAGAGGCGGCAGCAGCAGCGGCAGCAGCAGUGACGGCAGCGGAGGGGUCUCUGCCACGGAUAUGUCUGCCUACUUUAAGCUGGUCUUCUUGGGUUUGAUCAUCUGUGUCAGCCUGGUAGGGAACCUCUUGGUCUCCCUGCUGGUCCUACGAGACAGGACACUUCACAAGGCCCCGUACUUCUUCCUCCUGGACCUGUGCCUGGCCGAUGCAGUCCGCUCAGCUGCCUGCUUCCCCUUCGUGCUGGUGUCCGUCCACAGCAGCUCCACCUGGACAUACAGCGCCCUGAGCUGUAAAGUCGUGGCUUUCAUGGCUGUGCUCUUUUGUUUUCACGCUGCCUUCAUGCUGUUUUGUGUGGCUGUCACCCGCUACCUUGCCAUCGCCCACCACCGAUUCUACGCCAAGCGCAUGACCAUCUGGACCUGCGCCGCCAUCAUCUGCAUGGUGUGGACACUGGCCGUGGCCAUGGCGUUCCCACCUGUCUUCGACGUUGGGACGUACAAGUUCAUCCGGGACGAGGACCAGUGUAUUUUUGAACACCGCUACCUGAAGACCAACGACACCCUGGGCUUCAUGCUCAUGCUGGCCGUGGUGGUCCUGGCCACCCACGGCUUCUAUGCCAAGCUGCUGCUGUUCGAGUACCGGCACCGCAAGAUGAAACCCGUCCAGCUCGUGCCCGCCAUCAGCCAGAACUGGACCUUCCACGGUCCCGGGGCCACGGGGCAAGCUGCAGCUAACUGGAUUGCCGGGUUCGGCCGCGGCCCCAUGCCACCCACUCUGUUGGGCAUCAGGCAAAAUUUACACAAUCAACACCGGCGGCUGCUCGGGAUGGAAGAGGUGAGGUCAGAACGGAGGCUGGGCAGGAUGUUCUACACCAUCACCCUGCUCUUCCUGGUCCUCUGGGCUCCCUACAUUGUGGCGUGUUUCUGGAGGGUGUUCGUGAAGUCCUGCACCAUCCCUCAGCGGUACCUGUCCAUCACGGUGUGGAUGAGCUUCGCCCAGGCCGGAGUCAACCCCAUCUUCUGCCUCCUGCUCAACGAGGACCUGAGGAAAGUGCUGCGAGCUCACCUGCCCACCUACUGGAGGACUAAACAACACCUGCCCCAGGACGAGGCCUACUGCAUCAUGUGAUAGGCCGUGAGCUUCGUGAGGUGAAUGUUUCAGAAACGAGGUGAAGCAGAAGCGAUGUAAUGCACCUUGGUUGCGUAUUAAGUGUCUGUUUUGUUGUUUUGCACAACAAAACCCCAAAUUUUGCCAACAAACGCAGGCACAGUGCCACUCGAUGAAGAAUGUCGACGCUUGAAUAAAUGUGUCGGGUGCAGAGGUUUGAACGGGGAGAGAGAAUCCCCCCCCCCCAGCCCCCACCACCCCGGGCAACUCCUUCAACGGUUUGUAUUACUGACGAUGUACUGUACGAUUAACAGGUGGGAGAGAUCACAACAAUCCCCCCCCCCAACUAAGUGUGACAGAUGCCAUUUUAAAAUUGAUGUUGCCUUAUUUCAAAAGGGACACACCCCAGAGGUUUUUUUUUCGACUGAGAAUUAGUUUGUGGGUCACACGGGGCACGAGACAGACGAGCGGAGGGUUGAACUCCUUUAUCAGAAAUGUGCUGUGGACUGUGAAAAGAAAAAGUGUUGACGAGAACCCGACCGACCCUGAAAUACAUCGAGGGUCUGAUUGGAUUGAUGGACCGCCCUGGACAUCUGUUCAUCUGUUUCAAAGGGAGACUACAGAAUACCGAAUGGACACAAAAAAACCCUGGACACAUUUAAAUAGCUGUGGUGAACCGAAGAAGCCCCUAACAUGCUUGGUUUUUUCAACUUGAUUUAGGGCGUGUCAGGUUUCUUUGUAUCAUAAAAAAAUUGCCUGUUUUUCCUUUACUUUGUAAACGAUACAUGUUAAGCAGAUGACACUAUUUUGAAAUAUGACUUGAUUUGAUAUUGUAUAGACUGUACAGGAAUGUAUAUUCCUGCUUGUGUGUUUUUAUAUAGCAUUUCGUGUGUAUGUGUGCGCGAGAGAGGAAGAAGAAGAAAGAGAAGAGAGGAGGGAGGGUUAAAGAAGAAGAGAGAGAGAGAGAAACAAUGAUGACAAAACAGGUUCCAGUCAAAUCGAGUCAAUGUGAAAGCAGCCACCAUCUUGUGGCCUCAGAAUCAUGCAAAAUUGAGCAGUCAUCAUAUGGAAAUCCUUUAAAUGGAUUUCGCUAAAUGAAAAUACAGUUUUAUUUUAAAUGGGUAAUGUACAAGCAAACGUGACGUACAGAUGGAAAAUAGAAAAGGGAACCGAACAAUUAGGAAACAACACUUGUACAUUGCAAACAGGCCACAGGACUUAACGACUUGAAUGGUAAUGUAAAUGAAUGAAAAAAAAAUCACUGGCAAAUGGAUAUUUAUUUGCAAAUGAUGAUCUUGAGAAUGUUUUUGAAGUACUGUUAUGAGAAUACAAAAAAAAAGAUUUAAAAAAAAAAUGAAGAAGAAAUGAAGUGGCACUUAAUGCGAAGGAAACUUGAAUGUUACCAGGACGUCUUAUACCCCCCCCCCCCCCCCCCCCGACAUCAAUGUCACCAUUUGUGCAUCUCACAGAACAUUCUGAAAAGCCGUCUUCAGGCUGGAUACGACCCCAGAGAUGUUUGGCAGUAUGGGAAACCGGCGAAGGCCACAUUUAGCUGUCUCUCCGAAUUAAGAUUCAUGUAAUGCAAAAUGUCCGACCUACAGUAUGUUAAGCAUAGAUAUAUUUGUGCAGUCAAUUUUUUCUAAAUGUGGACACGUGCACUGCAUACUGUAUUAGCAUGCGUUCCACUGCAUUCCAUAGAUUCAAGCCUGGGGAUUACAACUUGUACAGACGUCGACACGGGAAGACAAAGUGAAACGCGAACCCGGGGGGGGGGUGUCCAUAACUUUUUACGUCUGGCAUUCCUUUUUGGCGAGAUGAUAUCCUGUAAGUGUACAGUUUAACUGAGGUGGUUCUUUUGCCCACUCAUCAAUAAAGACUCUACUUUUGA